AAAAAAAAUUUAAAAAAACCACUAACUCUCUCUCUUUUUCUCUGCCUCUGUAUUUAUCAAAAUCGAAGAUAGCGAUAGUUUUAUUUUUCUUUGCUUUCUUUUGCUCAGCUCAGCACUGCUCUGCUCUGCUCUUUCAUGGCGAUCUCGGAGAACGUGCUGUAUUUUCGUAUGAUUAGGGCUUGAUUUUGUCAUGAAAUUACUGAAGUAUCUAGUUUUGAAGUGGAGAUCUCUAUGGAUUUGAUCUGAUUUGAUUUUUUUUUUUUUAACUUCGUUUUUGUGUGUUGUUCUUUUAGGGUUUUGAAGUUGAAAGUCUAGUACUUUCGGCCGAUUUUAAGAGAGAGAGAGAGAGAGAGAGAGAGAGAUGAGAGAAUGUAAGGGUUUUCUGUUAGACUGGAAGAUGAUUACUAUCAUUACUAUGGUUGCUGUGAGUGAGGGUUUUAUUUAGCUAAUAAUUUGUUUUUUUAUUAUAAAUAUUUCUUUGGUUGUAUUAUUAAUUAAGACAAAUUAUUUGAAUAAUUUAUUUGUAUACUUAAGAGGAAAAAAAGUGGAAGAUGAAGCUUUCUACAUCAGGGUUGGGUCAGCAGGGUCAUGAAGGAGGGGAGAAGAAAUGUUUGAAUUCGGAGCUGUGGCAUGCAUGUGCCGGACCACUUGUGUCCCUACCAACGGUAGGAAGCAGAGUGGUCUACUUCCCUCAGGGGCAUAGUGAGCAGGUAGCUGCCACUACUAACAAAGAAGUUGAUGGGCAUAUACCCAAUUACCCAAGCUUGCCGCCCCAGUUGAUAUGCCAACUCCACAAUGUCACCAUGCAUGCGGAUGUCGAAACAGAUGAAGUGUAUGCCCAGAUGACUUUACAGCCUCUGACACCGCAAGAGCAAAAAGAUACAUUUCUUCCCAUGGAACUGGGAAUGCCAAGCAAGCAACCCACAAAUUACUUUUGCAAGACUUUGACUGCAAGUGAUACUAGUACACAUGGAGGAUUUUCUGUUCCUCGUCGUGCGGCAGAGAAAGUUUUUCCUCCUCUGGAUUUCUCGCAGCAGCCACCAGCCCAGGAACUUAUUGCAAGAGAUCUGCAUGACGUCGAAUGGAAGUUCCGCCAUAUUUUUCGAGGACAGCCAAAAAGACAUUUGCUUACGACAGGAUGGAGUGUAUUUGUCAGUGCUAAAAGACUUGUGGCUGGAGAUUCUGUUCUUUUUAUCUGGAAUGAGAAAAAUCAACUUCUUUUGGGAAUCCGUCGGGCUACUCGACCACAGACUGUGAUGCCAUCAUCAGUUUUAUCUAGUGAUAGUAUGCACAUUGGACUCCUUGCUGCUGCAGCUCAUGCUGCAGCUACUAAUAGCUGUUUUACGAUUUUCUAUAACCCAAGGGCUAGUCCAUCAGAGUUUGUUAUUCCCCUUUCAAAAUAUGUGAAAGCAGUAUUUCACACGCGUGUUUCAGUUGGGAUGCGUUUCCGGAUGCUCUUUGAGACUGAAGAAUCAAGCGUCCGUAGGUACAUGGGUACAAUAACUGGCAUAAGUGAUCUGGAUCCCGUACGUUGGCCAAAUUCUCAUUGGCGCUCUGUCAAGGUUGGCUGGGAUGAGUCAACAGCUGGUGAGAGGCAGCCGAGAGUAUCAUUAUGGGAGAUUGAACCUUUAACAACUUUCCCAAUGUAUCCAUCACUAUUUCCUCUGAGACUCCGACGACCUUGGCAUCCUGGGCCCUCGUCUUUGCAUGAUAACAGAGAUGAGGCUGGCAAUGGCUUAAUGUGGCUAAGGGGUGGAACUGGCGAUCAGGGUCUUCAUUCUCUGAAUUUUCAAGCUGUUAAUAUGUUCCCUUGGUCGCAACAAAGGCUGGAUCCAGCAUUGCUAGGGAAUGAUCAAAAUCAGUGGUACCAGGCUAUGUUGGCAAGUGGUUUGCAGAAUGGAGGAAAUGGAGAUCCCCUGAGACAGCAAUUCAUGCAGUUUCAGCAGCCCUUCCAAUAUCUUCAACAGUCAAGCAGCCAUUAUCCACUGUUGCAGCUACAGCAGCAACAUCAAGCUAUUCAACAAUCAACCUCCCAUAGUAUCCUGCAGGCGCAAAACCAGAUUUCAACUGAGAGCUUGCCUCGGCAUCUCCUGCAGCAACAACUCAGCAAUCAGCCAGAGAAUCAGGCACAGCAACAACAACAGCAGCAGCAACAUAAUUAUCAUGACGCACUUCAGAUGCAGGGCGAACAACUCCAGAGGCAGCAGUCAAAUGUGCCUUCUCCAUCCUUCUCAAAAACAGAUUUCAUGGACCCAGGCAACAAGUUCUCAGCAUCUACUACCCCUAUACAGAACAUGCUCGGUUCUCUAUGUGCUGAAGGGAGUGGCAAUCUUUUGGAUUUCACCCGAACUGGUCAAUCUACAUUAACUUCACUAACUGAGCAGUUGCCCCAACAGUCUUGGGUCCCAAAGUAUGCACAUUCACAGACCAAUGCUUUUGGAAACUCGGUGUCGCUCCCUCGAUCUUAUUCUGAAAAGGAUCCUUCUAUAGAGCCAGAACAUUGCAACUUGGAUGCCCCAAAUGCAACUAAUUUUGGUGUAAAUAUUGAUUCAUCUGGACUGUUACUGCCUACCACAGUGCCUCGAUUUUCCACAUCGUCUGUUGAUGCUGAUGUGUCAUCAAUGCCGAUAGGGGAUUCUGGAUUUCAGAGUUCUAUAUAUGGUGGUGUGCAGGAUUCUUCUGAAUUAUUGCCAAGUGCAGGGCAAGUUGACCCUCCAACUCUUAGUCGAACAUUUGUUAAGGUUUAUAAGUUGGGGUCAGUUGGGCGCUCACUAGACAUCUCCCGGUUCAGCAGCUAUCAUGAGCUGCGAGAGGAAUUGGCUCAGAUGUUUGGCAUCGAGGGGAAGUUAGAAAACCCUCAUAGAUCAGGCUGGCAGCUUGUAUUUGUCGACAGGGAGAAUGAUGUGCUUCUCCUUGGAGAUGACCCAUGGGAGGCAUUCGUGAAUAAUGUUUGGUAUAUCAAGAUACUUUCCCCAGAGGAUGUGCAGAAGAUGGGGGAGCAAGGGGUGGACUCUUUCAGCCAAAACAUAGGCUAAAGAAUGGAGAACAGCAUCUUCAGACCAUAUUAUCUCUUGCUCGCCUGGACGCUCUGUUUAGAUAUGCUUCCACGGACCUCUCGAAAUUCUCGCUAGGGUCGAGAUAAAUUUACUAGGUUUUCCUCCCUAGUUUGUGUGCACUACUCUUCCUGUCAUGCACAUUUUCUCUAAAAAAAAUUAUUAUAAAGCUCUGUUUUGCCUACUAGAUUAACUAGUUCUUAUGUAUUUUACUUUAGUUGUGGAUAAUAUAAAUGUAAGCUGACCAUGGCACUACAAAGAUUUAGAAUGCCAGAAGGUCGUAGCAUAUCUCAAUUUGUGUGAGCGAUCAUAGCACUUUUUGCUACUGUGAUCAAUCAUAGUUCUUUUGCUGCA